CUGUUCUGUCAUUCUGGCCCUGUGUUUAUUGUAGCUCCAGGUAAAGGUGUUCUGCUGUUACAUCACUUCCUGUACAUCAUCUUCUGCUACUAAUUUACCCCAGAUCAGCUCUUCUGUGACUCCGAAACGCUACAAAUGAUUUGUGUCCAAGGAUGACUCAUUUCACCUGAAACAUGGCUGAGGUCUCCAGCGGUGGUGGCGAGCAGAAAGGUGCUGAGGACUCCGUGGACGCCAUGCCUUGGCCAGUCACAAGUUCAGCUGAAGGUGGGAAGAAGGUCCCUGCCAGCUCAGGAAGUAAAGCAGCAGGUUCUGACCCCUCCUACCGCUACAAGAUGGCCUACCCCAGCAUCGGAACCUGUCUCAUCAUCAACAACGAGAAGUUCCACGAAUCCACCAAUAUGGACCUUCGUAAAGGCACGGAUCUUGAUGCUGAUGAAGUUUUCAAGACCUUCAAGAAACUGGGUUACAACACCGUCAUGUUUAAAAACCAGAAAGUGGAAGAAAUGAGAAGACUGUUGAAACAAUACUCGGGUCAGGACCACAGUGAGAACGCUUCCUUUGUUUGUGUGCUGCUCAGCCAUGGAAAAGAGGGCGUCAUUUACGGCACCGAUGGGUGUGAGAAGAUCGACACCCUGGUACAAUGUUUUAAAGGACACAGCUGUCUGAGUCUGGUAGGGAAACCAAAGCUCUUCUUCAUACAGGCAUGUCGUGGCACGACCACGGAUGAAGGAGUAGAGACUGAUUCUGUGGCAGGGCAGACCUCCGAGAAGAUUCCGGUGGAAGCAGACUUCUUGUAUGCGUACUCCACAGCUCCAGGUUACCUCGCCUGGAGAAAUGUGAACACCGGCUCCUGGUUCAUCCAGUCGCUGUGUAAGAUGUUGGAAAGCUACAGUGGAGAACUGGAGCUGAUGCAGAUUCUGACCCGAGUCAACAACCAUGUGGCGCGGCACUAUGAAUCCAGCUCCAGCAAACGUGAGCAUAGUGGGAAGAAGCAAAUCCCCUGCAUCGUCUCCAUGUUGACCAAAGAGUUUCACUUUUCUGGCUAAACGGGUCCACUUCCUCAUGCAUAGAGGCCCUGAUGUGUGUGGUGAUGGAACACUCAUACAUACACCAGCACCACUUUGGACUAAAACCAGACGGAGGAGUUUUUGUUGUAAAUACUUGAACCAAACCACGUUCUGCGUCCCUAACUGACCCAAAGUGACAGAAAUAAAUGCAUUAUACUCCGAA